AUGGACAAGGCCAAGCUCGUCCAGCUGCUCAAGGGCAGUCAAGUGCCAAACACCGAACAGGUCAAGGCCGCCACUGCCGAACUCCAGAAGGACUUCUACUCCAAGCCCGAGUCGCUUCUCCUUUUGAUCGAGAUCGCUCUCACCAACGAAGCUCAGGAUGUCCGUCAGCUCGCUUACGUGCAGGCCCUCCGCCUCGUCCCCAAGUAUUGGGGCGAGAAAACCGCUCAGGACCAGCGCCAGCUUGCUCGCACGCACCUCCUCGAUGGUCUUUUGAAGGAGACCGCAAACAACCUGCGCCACUCUGCGUGCCGCCUGAUUGCUGGUAUUGUUGGAGUGGACAUCAAGAACAAGGAGGGCGAGGAGUUUUUGAAGCAGCUUCUUACUCUGAGCAACAACGACAACGUUGGUAUCCGUGAGGCCGGUUCAUACCUGCUAUACGCCAUGCUUGAGAACAACCCAAUGCACUUCCUCGACCACAUCCACGAUCUGCUUAAGCUGUGCGGCUCCCGUCUGGAGGACCCCGAGAGCAAGGACGUUCGUGUCAACAUUGUUCGCGCCAUUGGUGUCAUCGCCCCUCUCGUCGAGCCAGAGGAGGACCCUCAGGCAACACAGCUUCUCCAGGGCUUUUUGCCUGGUUUGGUCAACAUCCUCAAGGCCACCAUUCAGGAUGAGGACAGCGAAGGUUACAACACCGUCUUCGAGGUAUUCGAGACCUUCGUUGCCCACGACCCCAACCUGUUGGGUCAGCACCUCAAGGAUCUUCUCGACUUGGUUCUGGAGAUUGCCGCCAACACCGAGGUUGAUGAGGAGGCGCGUACUCAGGCCAUCAACUUCCUCGUCAUGUCGGUUGGCUACCGCCGUAUGAAGAUCCAGGCCAUGAAGGAUAUGGGCUCACAGCUGAUGAUCAAGGCUAUGCACAUCAUUGGCGAGAUUGAGACUGAUGAUGAUGAGGAGCUUACUCCUGCCCGCAGCGCCAUCAGACUUGUCGACACUCUUGCCAACGAGCUUCCUCCCCGCCAAGUCAUUGUUCCCCUUCUAGAACAGUUCCCUAUUUUCGCUGCUCACCAGAAGCCUCAAUUCCGUAUGGCCGCCAUGCUUGCUCUUGGUAACGCUGCCGAGGGUGCGCCUGACUUCAUCUCCACUCAGCUGAAGCCCCUCCUCCCUCUCAUUGUUAGCCUUUUGAGCGACGCCGAAACUCAGGUCAGAUAUGCUUCUCUGAUUGGGCUGAUUCACCUCUCCGAAGAGAUGGUGGAUGAAAUGGUGUCCCACCACGAGGAACUUAUCAAUGCUGUCCUGAAGAACUUGCAGGCUGCUUCCGAAGGUCCUUCCGACAAGAUGAACAUCAACAUUAUCCGCUCUGCCUGCACUGCCCUUGACACACUCGGUGAUGGUGUUGAUACCAAGAUUAUGGCUCAGUACGGGCCCAAUCUGGUGGGUCCUAUGGUCAGGCUCCUGGACCACUCAGACUUUGGCGUUAAGUCUUCUGCCGCCUCGGCUCUUGGUGCCAUUGCUGCUGCAAUGGAGAAGGACUUUCUUCCUUACUUCAACGAUGUCAUGGAAGCUCUUGGAAAGUUCGUUGUUGCCAAGGAGAAUGACGAAGCUCUGGAGCUGCGAAGCUCCACCUGCGACAGCAUGGGCCGCAUCGCUUUGGCCGUUGGUCCCGAAGCCUUCCAGCCAUAUGUCAUGAAGUUGAUGGAAGCAAGCGAAGAGGCCCUGGGCAUUGACAACCCUCGUCUCAAGGAGACCAGCUUCAUUCUUUGGUCCAAUCUUGCCAAGGUCUACAAGGAGGACUUCAACCACUUCCUCAAGGGAGCUCUUGAGGGUUUGUUCAACUCUCUUGAGCUUGAGGAGGAAGAGAUCGAUCUUUCUGGUCUGGAUACCAGCGGACUGGUUGAUGGUUCCAUCGUGGUCGGCGGCAAGCAGAUCAAGGUGAAGGCCUCCUCUGAUGACCAGGAAGAUGAAAUGGCCGAGGGUGAUGAUGACUGGGAUGAUCUCGAAGAUCUUGAGGGUCUCGGUGCUGUCACCGCCGUGGCCCUUGAGCAGGAGAUUGCUCUCGACGUUCUUGGCGACAUUAUUUCUCACUCGUGUGGUACCAACGACCUGGAGACUGUUGUUGAAAAGACUAUCGAGAAGGUCCUCCCCUUUACUGGCCACUCGUACGAAGGCUGCCGCAAGACUGCCAUUUCCACCCUCUGGCGUAUCUAUGCCCGUGUCUUCCAGGUUUGGGAGGAGGGCUCUGGCUCCAAAUGGGAGCCUGGUAUGCCCCCCAAGCAAACGCCUCCUCCUUCCAUCAUCUCUAUUGCACAGACUAUCUUGAUCCCUACUUUGAAGGCAUGGCCUGACGAGCACGAAAGGGCUGUGGUGACUGACAUCAACCGAAAUGUCGCCGCCACUCUCAAAGCUUGUGGUCCUUCUAUUCUGGUUGCUAAGGAUGGUGCAUUACAGGAGAUCAUCUCCGUCGUUGGAACAAUUGUCACGCGAUCUCACCAGUGCCAGCAAGACUUUGGUUUCGAGGAUGAGGAGCCUGAGGUUGAUGCUGGAUCCUCCGAGUACGACUGGCUUGUCACUGACACCGCUCUUGAUGUGGUCGUCGGCCUUGCUGCUGCGCUCGGGCCUGAUUUCCAUGAAAUCUGGAAGAUUUUCGAGAAGCCCGUUCUCAAGUUGGCUAGCUCAACUGAGGAUAUCCAGCGUUCCACUGCUGUUGGCACCAUUGCGGAGAUUGUCAAGUACAUUGGCGAAGCUGUUACCCCUUACACCGAGUCUCUCGGCGAGGCUCUUGCCCGCCGUCUGACCGAUACCGACCCUCUUGCCAAGUCAAAUGCUGCAUAUGCCAUUGGCAUGCUGGUUCUCAACUCCAACGAUACCGCCAAGACCUUCCCUCUCUACCCCAGAAUCUGGGAGAAGCUUGAGCCUCUCUUGGCUGUCAAGGAGCAGCGAAUGGCUGACAACGUAUCUGGCGCUCUUAGCCGCAUGAUGAUCAAGCACCCCGACAAUGGUUUCAUCGCCGAGGCUCUUCCUUCCAUCAUCAGCGUCUUGCCUUUGGAGGAGGACUACGAGGAGAAUGUGCCCAUUUUCCAGAACAUCUACCAGCUUUACGACCAAUCCAACCAGACAGUUCAACAGUUCACUCCCCAACUUCUUACUAUUUUCGAGAAGGUCUUGAGCCCUCCCGAGGAGCAGCUCGAGGACGAUGCUCGCGAAAUGGUGAAGAGGACCGUGCAAGGUCUGUACAAGACCCAGCCCAGUCUCUUUGCCAACCACCAGAGCCUACUGUCCCUGGCUGGCGCACAAUAG